CUGGCAAACUGUCAGUGUGGGCACCUGAGGUUUUAAGGAAAUCAUCUAGCGAGUCAUUAGGGAGAUUCCAUGCGUAGUCGUGAACUUAGACAAACUACAACCCUAGGGUCAAGGAGAUGCAUCAGGGUCGUUUAAGGCUGCGACCAUGGCUUGAAGAGCAGAUACAGUCUGGGAAGUAUCCAGGAGUCAACUGGCUUGAUGAGACAGCUCAGGUUUUUCAGAUUCCUUGGAAGCAUGCAGCUCGACAUGGUUGGAAUAUAGACAAGGACGCCACUUUGUUCCGAAACUGGGCAAUGCACACAGGCAGAUACAAACCUGGUAUAGACAAGCCUGAUCCUAAAACAUGGAAAGCCAACUUCAGAUGUGCCCUUAACUCUCUACCAGAUGUGAAAGAGCUACAAGACAAGAGCAUUAAGAAGGGAAGUAAUGCCUUCAGGGUUUACAUGAUGCUACCAGUUAAAAGUACCAAACAACAAAAAGGACUACCGGAAUCAGAAGGUGCUAGUCAGACCUCCCUCUCAGGAACCGAGGCAGGUUCUUGUGCUCCAUUGGAUAGGUUUGCAGAGGUGUUCCUGAAGUACAGAGGUGGGCAGGCCAAUCACAGUCCUGCAAUCUUUCAUGUCAAAGACAAUCAAACUCCCUGCAACACCAUAAAGGAGGAAUGGUCACCAGAGCAGUCGUACUCACACCAGUCUUCCUUCACAUCUGAAGUACAUGAAAGCUCUGAUACGACUGUGAAUGACAACGAGCAAGCAGAAGCUGUAUUCAAGAUAGUUGAUCAUCUAAAAACCAUGGAGCACUGGAACCAGUCUAGUGACAACAGAAACUGGAGGCCGGCAGCUUCCAGCUGGUUGGACUGUUACUGUGAGGACAUGGAUUACCUGGGGUACCCCAUGCAGACAGACUGCUUCACACACAGCGCAGCGCAAAGACCGUUUCUAUAAGACGUUGGAGCUACAUGCAACAGACUGCCAUGAUUAAGUCCUUGAAAAAGGUGAAGACCCCAUUCCAAGACACAUCUCUAAUACUGCGUUCACACGAACUACGAGACAACGAUCAAACCAGAGAGCACACCCCAUGUAGCCCAGUACGAUCCAGCCGUCUAGGCCUUUCAUCUGGGGACUAGUUGCAACGCAGCAUGGAUUUGAAUCUAGACCACUGCUUUUUCAGCCAGAAGUCUCGCUUUCCCCACUGAAUCUAAUCUAAUUAACCAUGCAGAUGCCCAAAAGUAUGCACAUCUGUUUGUAUCUGGGUGUACACUCAACACAUGUAUAAACUUGAGGGCUACAUCUCAUUAAUAUGAACAAGCUAUAACGGUAAAUGUAGAUUUGUUUUUUUUGUCACUAAAAUGUUUGCCUUUUAUUAAACUUAAUUGACACAAUAGGCCUACGAAUUGUUUUUACUGGAAAUACUAACAUUUCUCAGAG